AUGGUGAAAAAGAAUCUGAAAGGAAAAGGAGACAAACUUUCGGCGAACGCGCCGCUCAACGACCAGUUGGAGGCCGGAAAUGUGGCGAAGCAGCGGGAGGAGCUGCGCGAGAAACAGAAGCGGAAACGCGGGGACUCAGAACGCGACGAAUUCGUGCCCGACUCGCUCUCCUCGAAAAUUCUCAGCGAGGCGCGGAAACAGCUCCAGGAGGAGGCCGUCGAGCAGCAGGAGGGCUCCGAGGGCACUGUCCGUCAGCCGAAAAGGUACUGAUCGGUAGAGACCGCAGAACUUAACGAUUUUCCACUGAACAUCUGAACAAUUUCACCAAAAAGGGCCUAAAACUGUUACUCUGCCGCAUUUUGACGGAAAAUUCACAGUGUGGGUCCUAUUUCCUAUUUUCACCGUCUUUUGGGUUCAGACAGCGCGGAAGUUGGCUGGGAGGGGAUUCUGGCGACAAAUCGGACGACGACGAUGAGGAGGAGGAUCAGGAGGACAACGGAUUCGAAGAUCACAUUAUUGUGAGCGAGCAUCGCCAAAAAGCAUGAUUCUUGACUGAAGAUGGCUUAAUUUUGCAGGAAUUGGACCCGCAAGACGAAGCAGAUUUGGCUAGAUUUUUGAAAAAAGAUGCCGCGCAAAUGAACACACUUUACGAUAUUAUUCAGGUGAGUUUUGAAUGAUUUUUGAGAAGAAAUACAACAAUUUACAUUGUUUAGGCCAAGAUCGAAGCGAAGCAGAACGACGCGGAAUUGGCGCUCAGCCAAGUGGAUCCCAAUGAAUUUAAUGUAAAAAAUAUCGAUUUUUGCCCUAUCCGGCCAUUUUCAGAUGCGUGAUAUGGAUCCGGACGUCGUGGAAAUGUACCAACAAAUCGGACAAUAUCUGUCGAAAUAUCGCAGCGGAAAAGUGCCGAAAGCCUUCAAAAUCAUUCCAAAAAUGAUCAAUUGGGAGCAGAUUUUGUUGUCAGUUUCUUGUUUUUCCGAUCUGUGUUUCCCAAUGACUCUAAACAUUUGCAGCCUCACAAAACCGGAAACAUGGACCGCGGCGGCCAUGUACCAGGCCACGAGACUGUUCGCAUCGAAUAUGAACCCGAAAAUGUGCCAAAGGUAUCAGUUACUGCAAAAAGUCCACGGAGAAAAAGCGAUAUUCGUGCAGAUUCUACACACUGGUGCUUCUUCCCCGCCUACGCGACGAUAUCGACGAGUUCAAGAAGCUCAACUACCAUUUGUAUCAGGCAUUGUGCAAGGCCAUCUACAAACCGGCCGCCUUCUUUAAAGGACUUAUUUUGCCGCUUCUGGAGGUGCGAAAUUUUGAAGAAAAUUUAGAUUUUUUGAACUCAUCUGAACCCACAAGACUCUGGACAUUUCUGACUUUAACCGGACUGUAAUAGGUUGUCCAGUUGCUUCAACUGUCUAAAUUACUGCUAUGGGUCAUAUUCGUUCAGUCGUGCUUCUUUUCGCGAUUCUUCUCGCAGAGACCUUUCCUGUCUUCAAACACUGAAAUCAAUUCACCUGCUUUAUUGUGCAGCCAAUCGGCUUAACAAUCAACUUCAACAACACACCCAAAGAACAAUUUCAAGAGAGACACCGGAAGCUCCGGUCAAAAGACAAGACUGACUGAAUUUUUGGGCCAAAACACUAGAUUGGACUUUGCUUGCGCCUUUUGCGCCUCUCCGAGCGUCUUUUCCCCCGCGCGCUGGCCCAUCUCUGAUCGCGCACCUAUGCCACCAAAAAUUUCUCUCCGAUUUUGACGAGAAUUCCCAGAUUUUCCCCUAAUUUCCGUCGAAUUUUCAGUCGGGCAGCUGCACCCUUCGCGAGGCGAUCAUCUUCUCGUCGGUGCUCACAAAAGUGCCGAUUCCGAUCUUCCACUCGGCGGCGGCGAUGCUCCGAAUCGCCGAAAUGGAGUACACGGGCGCGAAUUCGGUGUUCCUGCGCGCCCUGAUCGACAAGAAAUACGCACUUCCGUACCGAGCAGUCGACGGCGUCGUCAACCAUUUCAUCAGGUGAGAAAUUAAUAAUAUCUCGGGAAAAUUUGCGGUUUUCAGACUGAAAACGGACGAACGGGACAUGCCGGUGCUGUGGCAUCAGUGUCUCUUGGCACUGUGCCAACGGUACAAGAACGAUCUGAGCGCCGAGCAGAAAUCGGCCAUCCAUGAGCUCAUUCGGGUUGGUGAAAUGCAAAAAUUGUGGUUUUCGUUCACAAGAGUGGAAUACAAGUACUGGAAGACUCUGUUAUUUGGAAUUUCGAGUUGUUCCUACUGAACAUUCCACUGUGAUUCAUGUAAAGACUUUUCAGUAGGAACGCUUUAGGUGCUUUUAGGCAAGAAAAACCGAAAACGUCUUCCUUUUCCUCCAAUUUUCUGCUGAUUUCAGUUCCACGGUCACUACCUGAUCUCUCCGGAGAUCCGCCGAGAGCUCGAGUCGAAAGAGACGGAAGACGGCCACGUAAUCACUUCGGUGGUCGUGGAGGGACGCAAGAACGACAGCAUGGAGUUCUGA